AUGGCGACACUUCAUCAGUAUGAUUAUAUCUUUGCCUUGACUGUCCUCUUUGCUUGUCUCGAUGCUUGGAACAUUGGCGCCAACGAUGUGGCCAACUCCUUCGGAACGUCGGUCUCUUCGAGAUCCCUUACCAUGAAACAGGCAAUGCUCGUAGCAGCAGUCUGUGAAUUCAGUGGAAGUGUAUCCGUAGGGUCUCGAGUAGCAGAUACCAUCCGCACAAAGAUCGUCGACCCCCACCACUACGACAGCUCACCUGGUGUUUUACUCUUGGUCAUGAUGUGUACCAUCGUGUCAUCCUCGCUCUUCCUCACUUUCGCAACACGCCAAGGACUUCCCGUUUCGACGACACAUUCUCUCAUCGGCGGUUUAGUCGGUGCGGCUACGGCUUCGAUCGGUAUCGAAAAGGUUAGCUGGGGAUGGCAUGGAGUUUCGCAGAUCUUUGCAGCUUGGGUCAUUGCGCCUUUGAUCGCGGGAUGUUUCGGAUACGUGCUGUUUCUUUGCACAAAGAAGUUCAUCUUGAUGAAAAGGACAGCUGUGAAAAGAGCAUUCUUUUCCAUCCCGUUUUACACCUAUCUCACUGUCGGCGCGCUCACGAUGCUUUUAGUCUGGAAGGGCAUCCACGUAAUUAACUUGUCUACGCGGGACACAGUCAUUGCUAUCUUGGCUACAGCCACUGGAAUGACUAUUCUUCAGGCUAUUUUUCUACUACCGUUUCUAUGGACGAGGAUAAUGCAUGAGGACUGGACUCUCAAAUGGUACCAUGUCUUUCAAGGACCGCUGCUUCUAUGGAGAUCACCACCUCCACCGACACCGAUUGGCUUUACGAAGCCCAGUAUCCGGGACUACUACCAGGGACAUCUCACGCGUGAGGAACUGAACUACAUACGGACAUCUGAAACUCUUCUCCAGUCUAUCCAGACACCGAAUGGUGAAUUGCCGGAUUUUGAUCGAGAUGACGAAUGGAUCCUCCCUCCACCAGCUCAAACACCACCCAAGACUCCACCGAAUCGAUUCGAACGACGCCAUUCUUCCGAGCUUGUGCCUCCUCGUCCUGAUGGUGAAUGGAAUAGUCCCCGCGUUCUGGCAUGGAAGGUGAACCGUGUGCUACUUCGCGGAUUAGAGAAGGAUGUCGUGGCCAUGCAGAAGCGAAACAAUAUUCUCAACUGGGACUUGGAGGAUAUGCAUGCCCGCUCAGCUCACUACGAUAAUCGUGCAGAGUACAUGUACUCAGCCCUUCAAAUCCUUACAGCCGCAACGGCAUCUUUCGUCCACGGCGCAAACGAUGUCAGCAACGCAGUCGCGCCCUUCACAACAGCAUACCAAGUCUGGUCCAGCGGCGGAAUCCCAGAAUACGUCGAGAUACCCAUUUGGAUCCUUGUUGUGGGCGGCGCAUGUAUCGUUGUUGGCCUACUCACGUACGGCUACCACGUCAUGCGCACGUUGGGCAACCGUUUGACCCUCAUUUCGCCCAGUCGCGGGUUCUGCAUGGAGCUUGCGAGUGCGUUGACGGUACUCAUGGCGACGAGGCUGUCUCUACCCGUGUCAACGACGCAAUGUAUUACAGGGGCGACGGUGGGUGUGGGCUUGGCUAAUGGGGACUGGAGAUGCAUUAACCCGAAGCUUGUGGCGUGGAUAUAUCUUGGAUGGCUUGUUACGUUGCCGGUUACGGGGGUCAUGUCUGGGUGUUUGAUGGCACUUAUUAUCAAUGCGCCGAGAUGGGAAAUACCGGCUGUGUAA